AUGGCCCGGCCUCUGGUGACUGCCGCGAUGAACACGCCAGUCUUUGUGAACUGGUUGGCGACCUCCGGUAUCCGGCGCGCUUUCAACUCCGCCAGCGCCGCUUGGUACUUCUACGCCAGCGCCCCGCGGCGCAUCUGUUUCCUGCUCCUCGGGGAUCCGGACGAGAGCGACAGCGAAGUGGUGAGCGAGGUCGGAAGGAGCGGCCACCGCCAGCUGGUCGACAUGGUGAGCGUACAACACCAGAUUGGAAACAGCAGCGCCGCGCGCAACGACGAUGCGCAAUAUCCACCCCAGCUGGUUGCUAGCGGAGGCGAAGAUGUGGUCAUGGGCGAGGCGCAAGGCGAUACAGGAGCGAGCGGAAAGCGGAAGAAAGACCUGGAGGAAUUCGCCGGUUACGAGCAAGACCAUCUCGCCAAAAAGCAGCGACUCGAGUCAGACUACGACGGCAUCGGCAGUGACACUAGAGUGGGCCAAGACGGCACGCUCAUGUACAAGUGCACGGGUGUGACAGGAAAAGGCCUUCCGUGCAGCAGAUGGAGCAGGAGCGCGCAAGGCAGUCCUCCAGUCUACCACUGCUGCCAAAAGCAUGAAGAGCAAUGGAACAAUCGUCAAGAGCUUCUUGUGGGGGACGAAGAGUGA